AAAAUGUUUUUCAAUAUAUAUAAUGAAAAUAUGAAAGUAAAAAAAUUUUAAAAUAAUUAAUAGUUAUAUAAGAAUCAAGAAAAUUUUAUAAAAUAUAAAAAUAUUACUCAAUUUUAUUUUUUAUUCUUUGAUUAAUUUUUUUAAUAUGGCUUCUACUUCUAAAAGACAAACUGCAAUUGGAACUAGAAAAAAAGGUGUACCGAAAUUGGAAUUGACUGCUGAACAAAAAAAUGAUAUAAAAGAAGCAUUUGAUUUAUUUGAUCCAGAUGGCACUGGAAGGAUAGCUACCAAAGAACUUAAAGUGGCUAUUAGAGCUCUUGGAAUUGAACCAAAGAAAGAAGAAAUAAAAAAACUUAUAGCUGAUGUUGAUCCAGAUGGUCUUGGUACAUUAUCAUUUGAAGAAUUUCUAAACUUAAUGUCUACAAAAAUGUUAGAAAAAGAUACAAAAGAAGAAGUUUUAAAAGCAUUUCGUCUUUUUGAUGACGAUAACACAGGAAAAAUAUCUUUCAAAAAUUUAAAACGAGUUGCUCGAGAAUUAGGAGAAAAUCUUACAGAUGAAGAAUUGCAAGAAAUGAUUGAUGAAGCAGAUAAAGAUGGUGAUGGAGAAGUUUCUCAAGAAGAAUUUUUACGUAUUAUGAAGAAAACUAAUUUGUAUUAAUAUUUUAUAAUUUAUUCUUAAAUUAUUUAAAAAAUAUUAUUUCUAUAAGUUGCUUAUAUGAUUUAUAUAAGAAUACUAUAAAUUAUUAUUUGUAUUAUUACAUUAUAAGUUUACAUUAAA